CUGCCUGCUGCCAACCCCUUAAGGAUCCGAUGCGAAAUUAGUAGCAAGAAAGCAUGUAAUUGACCGAGUCACGUGUGCGCAGGGGGCCAGAAACGGAGCGAGAGAGACGGGGAAAAAAUCAAAAGAGGGAAAGCACAUUAGACCAUGCGAGCUAAAUUUGCGAUCGUUCAAAAUCAGGAUGUUAGAUUAAUGCAGAAGACCACUUCGAUCCACAGGGAAAGUUUUCGUCUCACGAGUUUGGAGCAGAGGGCCCGUGGGGCAACAUGGCCGAAGCAGGGGCGAGUAAAGGUGGAGACGAGCCCGGGAAGUUGCCGGAGCAGGAGGAAGAAGAGGAAUCCCAGGUUUUGCACGGGACCGGCCAUUGCAAAUGGUUCAAUGUGAGAAUGGGAUUCGGGUUCAUCUCCAUGAGCAACCGAGAGGGAAGCCCCUUGGAGUCUCCAGUUGAUGUCUUUGUACACCAAAGCAAGCUUUACAUGGAAGGAUUUAGAAGCCUAAAAGAAGGAGAACCUGUGGAAUUUACUUUUAAGAAAUCUUCCAAAGGCCUUGAAUCAAUACGGGUAACAGGCCCUGGGGGGAGCCCCUGUUUAGGAAGUGAAAGACGACCCAAAGGGAAGACAGUACAAAAAAGAAAACCAAAGGGAGAUAGAUGCUACAACUGCGGUGGCCUCGACCACCACGCUAAAGAAUGUAGUCUACCUCCGCAGCCAAAGAAGUGCCAUUACUGUCAGAGCAUCAUGCACAUGGUGGCUAACUGCCCCCAUAAAACUGUCUCGCAGCAGCCCGCUAGUUCUCAGGGAAGACACGAAGCCGAGCCGCAGCCUUCCACUUCUGCCUUGCUGAGAGAAGGGGGAGGAUCGCACGGCUUCUCGUCUCCAUCGUACUCUCAGGAAGGCAGGCCGGAGAUGUCGGAGCGCUCGGGCAGGUCACCGCAGGAAGUGUCGUCGAGUAAGUUGUCUGCGUCGCCUGAAGAACCAAACAGAAAGGGGCCUUCUGUUCAGAAAAGGAAAAAAACUUAAUGCAUUUUUCAUAAUGUUCCGUUUUCUUUACCCUCUUGGGAUGUCUACCUCAUGCAAGUACAGGGGAAAUAAUUCAUUAUCAGUAGCUGACCUGGAAUUUUAACUACUGUUGAGGAACUGUGAAUGUUUUGUUGUUUUUUGUUGUUUUUUUUUCUUUGAUAGACAAAUCACUCCAAACAAAAUACAUUUGAGCAGGGUGCAUUAUGUUUUACUUUCUGUGUGUAUGUGUGAGUGUGCAUGCAUGUGUGUGUAUGUGUACAUAUCUAUAAAUAUAUAUUUUUCCAUCAGACCAUUCUCCAGAUCCCACCAGACAUUACUGUGAAGCAAAAGUCACUGUACCCACCCAAUGUUCCUGAACUCAUUCCUAGAACCAGUUUCUAAACGUGUUCAGAAAGCAAACAAGAAAACCCAAUUUUCUGAAAUUUCACUCAGAAACAAACCAAACCUGAUAAACCACACAAAGAACUGAGAUCAAGACUGUUAUGUUUCUUGUGAACCAAAGGAUACUUUCAUAUUUUAAAGCUGCCAUAUGGUACUAAAGAUACUAAGACAUCCCCUGUACCAUCAAUUUGAAUUAUUUCCUUUUUCAUCUCCACAAAAUAUCAAAACCCUCCCUUCCCCAUGCCAGUGCAGGGCAGUUUCAUGACUCAAGACAACUCUCAUUGCCACCACCCUUUGUUGGUGAGGAGUUUAAAGCUCCAGAAGAGACAAUGAAUGUGUAGUUUCUGUGAUGGUUUCUCAAAACAUUUUGUUAACUUAAUAUGAUUGUAACUGUAAUUUAGAUGUCUGUUGUGUAGGGGAGAAUGUGUAAGUUGUUACCAAACAGACCCUUUUGAGUGGUGUCAGGAUGCCAUCCUGCUUAGCCAUUUGUAUACUGUGAACAUUUAGGGUACCUUGGUGGCAGUAGUAGCCGCAGCAGCAGCAAUUUCUCUUGGUCCCAAGUAGUGUCCCUCAAUUUGAAGGGUCUUCCCCUUUAUUUCCUGUUGAAAUACCAUGGAGAGAACUCCCUAGGGAUUUUUAUUGUUGUUGUCUGUUUGGGUUUUCAAGAAAACAAAAUGCAAAGCUAACGAGAUCCUGGGCUGAAUAGUUUCCUAAGACUAAAUGUUGAUGGGCACUUGGGGUUGCUCAGCUGGCCUCCCUAGAUGGUGAUACAGCAUGGGUGCAGACCUGCAGAUUUGCCAGAAGCCCUGGGCAUUACCUGCUUCUGGUGAACUGGGGGCUGCAGCUGACCAGCCUUGGUGCCGAGUGCCCAGGACCACACACUUCUGUGUGAAGGAGGAGGAAGAUUGGUGGCCUCAGAGUGAGACUCCCUGGGCUGCAGGCCUUGCCCGGGGUUAAUAGAGUUGGAGCCUAUCAAAACUUCAAGUCGCUUUCCAUUUGUAACUUUUGAAUUACCAAGUCAUACGUAAGAUAACGUACUCUGACAAAUCCCAUUGUGGAUGUAAGUUAAUUAGAGAAACCUGUAUAAUCCUUAACAUUGGCAAUAAACACAGGCUGUUAAAGCUUGAAAGUGUCGGGUAGGUUUAAGCUCGGAUAAUCAAACUAAAGAAACAGCCUGCAUGAAAGGCUGCAGCGAGCCAAAGUCCUACCCUGGUAACUCCUCUGCAGCCGAGGGUUACACCAGGUAUGAGCUGGCUCACUGCCUGGCCUUUCCCCUUCCCACUUGUCCUGCCACAUGAGACUUUUACUGGUGCUGCUGCUGCUUCAGUGAACAGGUAGUCAUCAAACUCCUCAGUGAAGGGCGCAAUUUCGAGAGAGAAUUAUUUUGUGUGAAUUCCUUGCCAGUGUUUGCAAGAAUCUCAAGGUUUGUACUGAAGUUCUCAGUAAUGCUAAUGCAAAGCUUACCUUUGACGAUAUUGAAUGUGAUAUAUCUAUAGAGAACGUCCUUGCCUUACGUAAGGAUAGUAAACUUAUUUAAAUUAUGUAGACAAAUCAAAGUGGCAUUGCUUAACCUUCUAGUCGAUGUAAAAACCAGGUUAAACAGCAAAGGUGCAAAACUUAGGUCACUUUGAAAAUUUAAACCAAAGUUCCUUAUAGAAAUAGGCAACUGUGGAUUUGAAAACUGGUCAUUCCCUGUUUAUAUGUAAGUUCAGAGCUGAGAUAAGGAAAUGUUUUCAACAUGUGGAUUUUUGUAGGUGCUGUUUGAAAUCACUGUGCGCACCAAAGUCAGACUGAACUGCUAAGAGCACAUACCAAACCCUACCUUAUUGUUGAAAGCUUAAGGUUUUAUUUUUAUAUAUUAGAAUGUUAUCACUGUUACAUAACAUACUCAGGACAAAGAACUUUGCUCAGGGAAUAUACCAUGUAAUGUUUUUUCUUUACAGAAUAGUCUACAGACCUGCUUACUCAGAACAAACCAAAUAGACCUUUUUAUCUCUGUAUAAGUAUUAUGUACUGAUGUUAGUAACUACCUCUGAGUUGAUGUAGACCUACGUUUCUGAUAAUCAGAUCUCAGCGUUUUGUAUUAUAAGUUCCUGUGAAAUGAUGAAGUGGUAUUAUGUACUGGUUGCUUAUGUGAGCAUUUGUGUCUUUAUAUUCACAGGGUCUGAGUUUUCAGAGAUGCUGGGCAACCACAGCUCCCACUGACUUCCAGUCGGAGUUACUGGUGCUUGGCUUUUCUAGGAGGGGAGGGAUGGGGGAUUGGGGUGGAGGGGGAAGAACAAAAACACAAAAGCAUCAAGCCCACUUUGUUUACAUAGGUGACAAUAAAAUUAUUAUUCUGUUUACAGCAAAAGGCUACCUCAUAUCUACUGCAUGAACACACCUUUGUGCUGCUGUGGCCUUAAAGGUGGCUGUUGAUCUAUGGUACAUACUUUUUAUCUGUACUGAAUAUGUGACUGUUAGUUCACCACUGCAGACGUUAUGGUAAAUACUUGUUUAAGAUGAAGCAUCCAUUUGAAAUUAUGAGACCCUUCCAAACAUUUCUUUGAAAGUUUUUAUUUUUCUGUCCAAAGGAUUAUGGGCACUGUUCAUGGGAAUGAAUACAGCUCCAGAAGAGACAAAAACGUACAUGCCUAAGUUGAACAUAUAGCAGCAUAAGCUGCAGCAGGUAACUACUUAGCACUGGGCUGCAGUAGGAAAAAAAAUCUAGUUACACUCCUUCAAUUGGCUGCUCCAAAUAAGCAAAGAACCUUUUAAAGGAGGAGGCACAGACUGAGUUUGGAUUCUUCCUUCAUGCCUAAGGACAAAAUUAAUAUUCGGCAGCAUUUGCUCAGGCUAGAUCUCCCCCUAUUCACCAGCCUGUCCUUGCCAGAGCGCUCCACAAUAAAACUCAUUUGAGUAGAAAUAGUUCAAAUAUCUGCUCAGACAGAUGUAUUUUUCUCCUAACAAUAGUGGAGAUAAGGUUAAACCUGAAGCAAGAAUCUCCCUCCCUCCCCUUCCCCCAUCCCAAAAUGCUCAAUGUGAUUUAAUUGUAAGGGACAUUGUGAGAUAUUUUUUACUCUUCCCCAAGGAGAGGUCACAGUAUUUAAUUACAUGCUACAAAAGAUAGGCCAUGAGGAAGACUCUUGGAGGAAGAGCCAAAUAACUUUUUGCUGCAGUUAAUGGUAGAUCUGGCAUUGUAAUACCGUUUGCAAUAUUUUGCCUUUUGCCAGCUUUCAGGGAGUGCCAAACACCACAUUUGGAUCCUACCUCUUCCCGUUGCAGGCCACCUUUUUCAGCCAUUUUAUUCUGCACCAGUGUUAUCCUGGAGUUCCUGCUUGGUUCCUGCUAACUUAGUUUUGUUAAUAGAACCCCAUUAAAAAAAAAAAAAAGUGCUUAUAGAUCUUGUACCAUUCUUUGUAAGAAGAAUUAUAAAAGAACAUGGGAAAUCGCAUGGAGUCUUAAAUUUAAUUUAAUUAAUUUAUCUGUAAGAAAUGUUUAUCAUAAAAAAUAUAUAUGUAUUCCCCUGUGCUAGAUAUAACAGUAAUUGGGAAGAUGUGUACAUGUGCAGAUGCACUGAUUUUAAUUUCCUAGAAGUCUUAAUGAGAUUUGAGUAUUGUUUUAGAAACAAGCAGAGCCUUGUUAAAUGCAUCGAUCUUACUUUGCUUAGUUUUAUCAACAGCCUCUUUAAGAUCCAGUGGUUGUGUUACUCCUGUUACAAUUGUUGACUGAUAACAAGAGGUUGAUCUAUGAACACACAUUUCUUUUUUUUUGUAUAAACCAGGGCUGUGUAUCAGCAGCUGUGGCAGUAUUUUUCUGAGAAUGUUGAAAAGUAGCAAGGUAUUUGCUACCAUUGUCAUUGAACCAAAUGUGUGAAUAUCUUUACAAAGGACAAUGGUUUUGACUACCUCUUGGAUUACUAAGUUAAGCAACAACUGUCUGACAAACAUCACCAGACUGGCUUUAACUAGUAUGUGUUGCUUGUGAUAAUAAUAACAAUAACCAUACUAGAGACCAAAGUGAACACUGAUUUCUAUAUGUUUUUAAUACUGUGUCAUAUCUAGUGUUUUUAAAUUAUCUCUGUAGUAUAGAUUACCUCAUUGUCCAUUUUGACUUGUAUGUUGUUUACAAGGUGAAAUAAAAGAAAAAUCACUUGAAUUUUAUGUUGUAAGAAAAAAACCUUGAGUUGAAGUUUUGAAAGUCAUUUCACCUGUUUACUGUCUUGAGGGACUAAAGCACUGAUUGCCUUUCUACAUAUCAUGUAUUUUAUAUCCUCAUUUCAUGCCUAAUGUCUUUUUUUUCCUGUCAGUCAUGGAUAUUGAGGUUGAAAAGAAUUACUUGAUUAAAAAUAAAACAUAUAACAUUGGCAUUUACA